CUUGGGCAUGGAAGGAGCCACCGAGCUGGUGCCAGCGUCUGGGGACUCAGCAUCUCUCCAUUGGGGUGUGUGAAUUUAUGACUCAAGGAGGGACCACACUGGCAGGCCAAGGAGAAGUGCUUGGAUUCUCUGGUCUCCCUGGCCAGCUGUCACAGCUCUCGGGCUCACUCUUCCUGUCAGUGGUGUGAUGUUUCAGGGGCUUCUCCUGAAGCCCCUUGGGGGGCUGCUGCUUGCCUGAGGCUCCCCACCCACUGCCUGCCUGCGCCAGCCACCUGUAGGAAGCCCUCUGCUCUGUUGACUGAGGAGGCAGCAGAUGUCAUAGAACUGCCGUUCAGGCCACAAGCUCCCCCUAAGUCUGCUCUGUGCCCAGCUCUGCUGAGCUGUGAGGAUCUAGACGGGCCAGGGAGAUGGCUACCUGGGAAGCUCUCAGGCGAGGGGAGAGAAAGAUGCACACACAGAAAUGUGGACGGCAGUCACAAGACCGCUGGCAGAUGAAGCAGGAUCUCGGCAUCUGGCGAGAGGUAGGCAGGGAACGGCACAGGCGGCCACACUUCCUCUGAACCGGGCACUUUGUGUGUAUGGCCACAUGCUCAUUCCAGUGGGACGGCGGUUGCUCAAGCCAUAUUUGUCACUUGGUGUGUGGCCUUGGGCAAGUUACUUAAUUUUUCUAAGCACUGAUUUCCUCACUGUUGAAAUGGCGAUGAGAAUGCAAAGGACAUGGUGUCUGAGGUGGCUGGAGCUCAGGGCUGCCUGGGCACAGUGGGCACAGAGCCGGGUGCUGGGAGGCCUUUAGGAAAUAUUUCCUGGCCAAGUGCAUGCCCAAACGGCAUUCCUUAGCCUGCUUCCAUGUUCUGUCCCAGAGGUGACACUGAAUGACCUGAGACUGUUCCAGAAUAAAGAUACACACACACAGCCCCGCUACUGGUCUCCUGCUAGGCAAGCCAACAAAAUGAGCCCCCAGCAGGAAGCAACGCUUUAAAUGAACAUGUGACCUCUCCGGGGCCCACUGGGACCUGCCACCCACACUCACGUGGUUGGGGCCAUUCAGGGGUGUGGAUCCCAUGUGGACUGGAUACCCAGCGUGAGGGCCUUUGUGCUCUGGGACAGCGUGUAGUGGUCAGGGAAGGCCUCCAAGAGGAAGAGGUGACCCACCUUCCCAGGCGGCACAGUGCUGCUUCUGGACGGAGGACGGGAAGUGGCCAGAAGGGGAAGUGUGAGGAGUUCCCGUCCAGCCUGUCAUCAGUCUCCCCAGGUCUUGAAGCAGCGGCCCUGCUCCCCGCCGUGACCAUGGACCCUGUGGACGCCCCUAUCAAGGAUGGCAUCCUCUACCAGCAGCAUGUCAAGUUUGGCAAGAAGUGCUGGCGGAAGGUGUGGGCUCUGCUGUAUGCAGGAGGCCCAUCAGGCGUGGCACGGCUGGAGAGCUGGGAGGUCCGGGAUGGUGGCCUGGGAGCAGCAGGUGACAGGUCGGCAGGGCCUGGCCGGCGAGGGGAGCGACGGGUCAUCCGCCUGGCUGACUGUGUGUCGGUGCUGCCGGCCGACGGUGAGAGCUGCCCCCGGGACACCGGUGCCUUCCUGCUCACCACCACCGAGCGAAGCCAUCUGCUGGCCGCGCAGCACCGCCAGGCCUGGAUGGGCCCCAUCUGCCAGCUGGCCUUCCCGGGAACAGGGGAGGCCUCCUCAGGAUCCACAGAUGCCCAGUCUCCCAAGAGGGGUCUGGUCCCUAUGGAGGAGAACUCCAUCUACUCCUCCUGGCAGGAAGUGGGCGAGUUUCCCGUGGUGGUGCAGAGGACCGAGGCCGCCAUCCGCUGCCAGCUGAAGGGGCCGGCCCUGCUGGUGCUGGGCCCAGAUGCCAUCCAGCUGAGGGAGGCCAAGGUCACCCAGGUCCUCUACAGCUGGCCCUACCACUUCCUACGCAAGUUCGGCUCUGACAAGGGCGUGUUCUCCUUUGAAGCCGGCCGCCGCUGCGACUCGGGUGAGGGCCUCUUUGCCUUCCACACCCCCUGUGCCCCCGACCUGUGCAGGGCUGUGGCUGGGGCCAUCACCCGCCAGCGGGAGCGACUGCCAGAGCUGGCCAGGGCCCAGCCCUGCCCCCUGCCACGGGCCACCUCUCUGCCCUCCCUGGACGCCCCCGGAGAGCUGCGGGAGAUGCCACCAGGACCUGAGCCACCCACCUCCAGGAGGGUGCCCCUGGCUGAGCCCGGACCCCAGAGCCUGCCGCUACUGCUAGGCCUGGAGCCCAGCGAUCCGGCAUCCGGGCUCUACGCCUCAGUGUGCAAGCGUGCCAGUGGGCUCCCACGCACGGAGCACCUCUAUGAGAACCUGUGUGUGCUGGAGGCCAGCCCCACACCGCACAGCGGGGAACCUGAGCAGCACGAGGGCCCUGGCGGCCGCAGCCCCACAGCCAGUCCCAUCUACCACAACGGCGAAGACUUGAGCUGGCCCAGCCCGGCCCACGACAGCAGUCUGGAAGCCCAGUACCGGCGGCUGCUGGAGCUGGAUGAGGCAGAGGGCACAGGCCGCCCUGACCCUCAGGCAGGCUUCAAGGCCAAGCUGGUGAACCUGCUGAGUCGUGAGCGGAGGAAGGGCCCUGCCCCUUGUGACCGGCCCUGAACACCCAGCAGAGUGGUGGCCAGAGGGGAGAGGUGCUUCCCCUGGACAGGAGGGUGGGCUGGUGGGCACAUAGUGGGCCCAUGUGGACACACGCCUGUGUCUACCCUGGCCUGCAGGAAUGAGGCAGGCCACCUGUGGAGGACCUCCGCCCUGCCCUGCCCUCCACAUAUGCGGUGUGCAGACUCGCAGAUAAUAAAGCUCAGAGCAGCGCCCAACAGGGGCACUCACGGCACACGCCCCUGCCCAUGUUCAUUGCGGCCAGCACCAGUGCCCUGUGCCGGUUCCAGGGGCACAGGUGACCUGGGCCUGACCUGCCACCCAUGGGCUCAAAUCCACUGCGGCAGCAGACAGGAUGGAGAUCAUUAGGACUCCAUGUGGCCCCCCAUGGCCAGAGUGACACGAAGAGGCAGGCGGAGGGAACCGCGAGGCUUGUUUGUCAGACUGGGGAAGGAGCAACAUGAGGGCCCAACUGGAGACCCGGAGGCCCGAGCUGGGGAGCUGGGAGGAGGCAAUGGGGGCGGGGAGCAAGUGGAAGGGAUUUCAGAGACGCCCUCGCCCCACACACUUGUUCCCUGCUGAAACUCCAACAAUUUGCAGAUACUUCUGGGAACCCCCGGCCUCAGUCUCCUCAUCUGUAAAGGAGAGAGAACAAAUGAUGUAUCAGGCAUCAUCCUAGAUGAGAGUUUUGCUGUGUGCCUACUCAGUGCCAGGCACUGGGGGACAUGGCCGUGUUCAGGACAGCCUUGGUCCUGUUCAGGAGCCGACAUUCCAGGGGGAGAGAAGUUUCCUGAAGACUUCCAUGCUGCGCUCCCUCCUCUGCUCCUGCUGCUGUUGCCAUCCUAGGAGCCAGCCAUGCGCACAAGCAUCAUGCCUCCAGGGGUCUGGCUGCUUGGCCCCUCACCGCAACUCCACCUCAGCUGCCCACACCCUUGGCACAUCCUGAACCUCAUUUUCAGGACGGACACAUAAUUUUUGCUCUCUUGUGUCCAAGCCUCAUCCUCUGGCCACCUCCUCGUUCCAGCUCACUUCCUCUCGCACGGCCAAUACUGCCCCUGCCUAGCCACAUCGACCUACCGGGGGACCCUUUUCUGGCUCUUCCAGGCCUCUGCCCACCAUCCCCUCUGUUAUCCAUAGUCCCUUCCCCUCUUCUCUCUCCUUUCAUCUUAUUGGUCUGGCAAAGCCCCUGGCCUUGGAUGAGCCCAGACCUCCUCUGUGCCUGCACACAGCCGCCCAUAGCCAAAAAAACCCAUUUAAGCAGGCUGACUGCAUCCUUAACAGUGCAGGGCAGGCGCUCCCUGCCACCAGAGACCCUGUUCCCUAGAGGGGCAGCUUUUCUCCUCCCCAGAACCUCCUGUCUGUCCCCAGCCAGUGUCUCCUCACAGGCAUGUUGGGGAAACAGGUCAGGCUCUCCCACUGCAUCUGCAAGUGUACUGGCAUCCAUCCGUCUUCUUCCUACCCCUACAGUCGCAACAGUGUUUGUCCCCAGCUAUGCUCUUAUCCCGGCUCCUCUCACCUCAGAGCUUGGAAAUUUCAGCUCUCUCCUGGGCCCAUUCAUCCUAUCAGCGGCUUUUCCAGCCACACCCAAACAUGCUCUGUAAUGUCACAUUUUAAACCUUCCCUUGCCCUCACAUUCCCCUUUGGCCACCUCCCUGUUUCUCUGUUCCUCUUCACAGCAAAAACUCUUCAAAGAGUUGUUGAUUACUUUCAUUUCCACUUUCUUACCCCUGUUUCCCCUCAAUUAACUCUCCUUCAUCCCCAUGAUGCCAUUAUGUGGCUCUUAUUAGAGUCACCAACGUUAUUCUCCAAAACAAAAGCAACAAGGACUUUGACUUCUCAGCAGCACUCAGCUCUGGUUCUUGAAACACCCCCCAUUACUUGCUUUUCCUCCUACCUCAUAACUCUCUUUCCCAGCCUCUACUGCGGCCUUCUCUGAGUUCUUCCCAGGGUCCUAGGCUCUGAUACAGUGUAGCUCAACCCUGCUACACAAAGAAUCUCCUGAAAGCCUGUAAAACUGUCCAUGCAUGUUCUGUGAGUGACCUACCAAGAGAAUAAACAAUUUUAAAAAUCCAUUUCA